UUCCACACCACCACAGCUUCUUCAAAAUGAUCACCCAGGACUCCAUCGAUCAGGUUCUCGAAACCCUCCCCCUCCGCUACAGCGGCCCCGGCGGCGCCCUCGCCAUCCUCCAAAACGGAAAGCUCCUCGGCCAACGCGUCUGGGGCUACGCAGACGUCGCCAAGCGCAUCCACAUGGACCCUGACACGCGGAUGCCCAUCUGCUCCAUCACCAAGCAAUUCAUCUGCGCGCUGCUACUGGACCUCAAACAGAACCCCACGCCCGCGAUGACAGCUAGAGGCACGGACAUCGACGCUCAAUUCGAGGACAAGCUGCGCGAGACGCUGCACCCGGACAUUUUUGCCGCACACCCGGAGCUGAGCGUCCAGCACCUGUGUGACAUGCAAUCCGGCCUCCGGGACUACUGGGCGAUGACGGCCCUGUGGGGCGCGGAGCCCGAGGGCGAGUUCCGGCUCGCUCGCCAAUAUGCGCCCAUGCUGACGAGAACAAAGUCCUUCCAGUUUGCCCCAGGGACAGAGUACUCGUACUGCAAUGUCAACUUUCACGUGUUGGGGCGGGUGAUCGAACGGGUUGCAGGCGGCGAGCUGGGUGGGUUGCUCCGAGAACGGGUGCUGGCGCCCGCGGGGAUGGACACAGCGGUCCUCUGGCCGAGUAACGCCACGCUCCCCGGGCCAUGCAUCGGGUACGAGGGGACCGAGCAGACGGGGUACGUGGCGGCUGUCAAUAACAUGGAGUGGUCCGGCGAUGCCGGACUGGUGGCUUCGUUAAAGGACAUGAUCGCCUGGGAGACGCAUCUGCAUCGCUUGUACGCAGAGGGCCCCGAUAAUUGGUAUGCCCGAGCAGCGAGCAAGCCGACCACAUUUGCAGACGGCACCACCCCGGCAAUGUACCAUUUCGGACUGAUCCAUGAGUUUGCGGACGGGGUGCACACGGUCGGACACUCUGGGGCUUUGCGCGGAUGGCGCAGUCAUCGCCGCCAUGCGCCGGAGGCGGGCAUCUCGGUGAUCGUCCUGUUAAACCACGAGGCCUCCGUGGGCCCGGCGGUGGAAUAUGCCUUCCAGGCUCUUCUGCAGAAGUCGGCGCCGGAGUCUCCCAUCGUCGAGCCGACUCCCGCGUGGGAGGGGAGUUUCCUGGACCGUGACACGCAGCUGGUGGUCCGCGUGCGCCCAGGCUCCAAACGCGGUCAGCUGGUUCUGGCCUAUGCGGGUGCCGAUGAAACUCUCCGCUUGACGGACCCCUCCCACGGCGAAACGGCGUGGAUGAAGGCGAGGAUCGACGGGGAUGUCCUGCACGUGCACCGCAUCAAGGAGAACAGGAAGCUCGAGGCGCGACGGCUGGUGUCCCGGCCGUCGAGCUUCCAGGACGCCUCGCUCACCGGCGAUUAUCGGUGCGAGGAGGUGGACUCGGUGUUUCACUGCUGGGGCGAGGCGGGUCUGCUGUACGGCGAGUUCGAUGGGUAUCUCGGCAGGGGAACCGCGACAGUCAUGCGGUACGUCGGGGAUGACGUUUGGGUGCUGACCUGUCCGCGCGGGCUCGAUGCGCCUGCCCCUGGGGACUGGACGGUGGUGUUUCGCCGUGGUGAGGAUGGUGCUGUCGAGGGGUUCACGAUGGGAUGUUGGCUGGCGAGGCGGGUGGAGUUCGUCAAGCUCAAGUCUGCCAUCCACUUAGAGGAUAUAUAAGAGAGAGCCCAUGGUGUGGACAGUUACGAGUUCCGCUUCAUCGAAUAAGUAAAAAAAAAACGAUGUGUCUGCUAGAGAUCAAAUCUUGUCGCCGUGAUAUCACUGUU